UAUUAUUUUAAAAAUAUGGAAAAUUCUAUAAAUGAAUUGGAUAUUGAAGAUUCUUUGAAAAUUGCUUCUAAAGAAUGGAAUCGAAUUAUUAAUGCUGCUACAAAGGAUGGUUAUAGAGAAGGAAUAGAAGAUGGAUCAAAUUCUGUUUUCCAAGAAAGUUUUAAUAAUGGAUACAAAGAAGGUUUUCAAAUAGCUUUCAUUCUAGGAAAAUUUAAAAGUUUAUUAAACAUUACUUCACGAGAUGUUGAACAUCCACAAAAUAUAAAUGAAAUUCUUGAUAAAAUUAAAAGAGGUAUAUGUCAUAUAUGUGUAGCAGAAUUUCAAAAUAUAAAUGAUCAAAAAAUUUUUUCCGAAAUUAUUAAUGAACAGAGAUCAUAUUCAUUGAAAGUUCUUCAAACAUUGUAUCAAUAUUUUCAACCAUAUGUAAAACAAUUAAAUAUUAGUGAAUCAGAUAUAUUAAAAAUCCAAAAUUUUUCAGAAUUAAAAAAUAAUUAAUUUACUAUAUAAUUAAUAUACUAAUAUAAAGUUAUUUGUAUUUUUUAUUAGCAUGUAAAGCAUCAAGUUUGAAUCAUAAAUAAAAAACAUUAAUUAUAA